AUGGUACUUGCAGCUUGGAGAGGUCCAAAGGCCAAAGAGCAGCAACUUGUGAUGGCGUUGAAAAUCCUACUUGAGUAUUUGACCUAUACAGCUAUUUCUCCACUGCAGAGAGAUUUUGUUGAAUUGGAAGAACCUUACUGUAGUAUGGUGAAGCACUCUCUUAUUGAAAAUACAGAAACUGUCAUCUACCUCCAUUUUCAAAGUGUACCAAAGGAUAAACUCUCUGACAUUAUUCCUAGAUUAAAGCAGACUCUUGAAAAAAUUGCUUCCAAAGAAGAGAAAAUUGAUAUCAGUAGAAUGCGAACCGUGAUUAAGCGUAAAAUUUUGGAUUUACUGAAUAGUGUUGAAACCGAGCCUCAUGACACCUUGGCAUUCAUUUUGAUUGGAGAUUUUCUCUUUGGAGAAACCAAAGAAGAUCUUGAUGUGCGUACCAACCCACUGUCAUGUUAUGAGAUGUUGGAAAAAGAAGAAGAAGAUUACUGGGUGAAUUUGCUCAAGACUUAUUGUAUCGGGAAGCCAUAUGUUGCUAUAACUGGUUCUCCUAGUAUAGCCCUAAUGCAAACAAUGGCUGAGGCCGAGAAAGAGCGUUUGAAAAAGCAGAAGGAAGCCCUUGGAGAAGAGGGUCUUAAGCAAAAGGAGGAAGCACUAAAGAAUGCCAACAAAGAGAAUGAAAUAAAGCCAUCUGAUGAUAUCCUAAGAAGCCUUCCUGUCCCUGAUGUUGGCCUCAUUCAGUUCCAUCCUUUGAAGCCAUAUUGCAACUAUAAGAAUAAAGAUGUUGAAAAGUCAGACAGAUUUCCUAUUGAUGAAAUUCCUUUCAAAUUUCAGCUUGAUGACUUGCAUACUAAUUUUGUCCAGAUGAUGGUUUUAAUGGAUUCUGUUGAUAUUCCUAUGGAUCUGAGGUACUACUUACCUCUUUAUCUUGAGGUGUUGUUUGAGAGUCCUAUUCUUCGAGAUGGUGUUAUAAUUCCUCGUGAAAAGGUGAUUGCUCAACUUCAGGCUGACACGUUAGAGAAUCAUGCAAGUCUUGGAUUGGAAGGCUCAAAAUUCUUCUGUGGUGGCUUCCCACAGACUGUCUUAAUAUCACUAAAGGUUCAAUGUGAGAAGUACCACAAAGGUAUUCAAUGGCUGAAAGAAAUCCUGUACCAAGUUCAAUUCACUGAGGAGAGGUUGAAAAUUGCUGCAACCAAAUUCAUUAAUGAUGUGCCAAUGUUAAAAAGACAUGGUGCUGCCGUUGCAAGAACUGUGCUUUACAAUCUGAUUUACAGUAAAGAUUGCAACAUUCAUGUAAAUGGUAUGCUAAGGCAGCACAAAUUUCUAACUGGCCUCCUUGUCCAGUUAGAAUCAGACCCAAGCUCAGUGAUAAACAAGAUGGAAAAAUUGCGCACUUUGCUUACUAAAGCCGACAACUUGUGUGUUCAUAUGGCUGCAAAUCUGAAAAAUUUGUCUGCAGACAUUCCUCUUGAAAAACCAUGGGUUCAUUUCCUUCCAGAAAGUGCCGGAGUUUGUAGUGACAAAUCCAAAGAAUUUUUAAGGCGUACAUCAGAUUAUGUGUUGUCUGUUGAUGGGGUGUUGCCAAAACGCGUGAUUGUUGGCAUUGGAUCAGAAGAAUCUGCAUACCUAUACUUGGCUGUACCUUCCAUUGCUGCCUAUCAUGACCCAGACCUGCCUGCAUUGAUGGUGCUGCUCCAGUACUUGACUCAGUGUGAGGGACCUAUGUGGAGACAAAUCAGAGGCCUUGGUUUUUCCUACAGUUACAGUAUGAUGAUCAAUGAAGAAAGUGGAUUGCUUUAUCUUGUGCUGGGACGUUCUGUCAACUUGGUUGAAGCCUACAAAGCAGCUCAAAACAUUGUGAUGAGUUACAUCAAGGGCGACUCUCAAUUUAAUGAGAUCGAAUUGGAAAGUGCUCGCAGCAGUCUGAUAUUUGAGAUCAUUGAUUUAGAAAAGACAACAGCAGAUGUAUCGAUGGCUUCUCUUCGUUCUUAUCUCAAGUGUGUUAGUCACAAUUACAACAGAGAUAUGCUCAAGAAGGUUGCACAAGUGACUCUUGAUGACCUGAAGAGAGUUGGUGAAAAGUAUGUGGUUGAUUUCUUUGAUGCAAACAAAGUUCGUUGCUCUGUGUGUUGUCAUCCAUCAAAGGUAGAAGAAAUUCGUAAUGGAUUAAAGCAAGUGAACCUUGAAUUGGAUGUCUUGCCUAGCUUGGAUGAAGGGUUCUUAGUGGAUAUUCAUGAAUAA